AUGGAGCAUCUGGUGGGAAACAAGUUUCGGCUCGGACGUAAAAUCGGAAGCGGUUCUUUUGGAGAGAUCCAUCUCGGUACUCAUAUUCAAACCAAUGAAGAAGUGGCUAUCAAGCUUGAAAAUGCAAAGACAAAACAUCCACAGCUGCUCUAUGAGUCCAAGUUAUACAAACUCCUACAGGGAGGAACUGGUGUUCCAAAUGUGAAGUGGUUUGGUGUUGAAGGGGACUACAAUGUUCUGGUCAUGGAUUUACUUGGCCCUAGUCUUGAAGACUUGUUUAAUUUCUGUAGCAGGAAACUUUCUCUCAAGUCCGUCCUCAUGCUUGCUGAUCAAAUGAUAAACCGUGUUGAGUAUUUCCAUUCGAAAUCUUUCCUUCACCGAGAUCUCAAGCCUGACAAUUUCCUCAUGGGGCUAGGAAGACGCGCAAACCAGGUAUACAUCAUCGACUUUGGUCUUGCUAAGAAGUACAGGGAUAACACUACUCAUCAGCACAUUCCUUACAGAGAAAAUAAGAAUCUCACUGGAACUGCAAGAUAUGCUAGUAUGAAUACUCACUUGGGAAUUGAACAAAGCCGAAGGGAUGAUCUCGAAUCUCUUGGUUACAUUCUCAUGUAUUUCCUUAAAGGAAGUCUACCAUGGCAAGGACUUAAAGCAGGAACCAAGAAACAAAAGUAUGAGAGAAUCAGCGAAAAGAAAGUCUCUACAUCCAUUGAGUCUUUAUGCCGUGGCUACCCAUCUGAAUUCGCAUCUUACUUCCAUUACUGCCGCUCGCUUCGGUUUGAUGACAAACCGGAUUACGGUUAUCUCAAAAGAAUAUUCAGAGAUCUCUUUAUCCGCGAAGGGUUUCAAUUCGAUUAUGUCUUUGACUGGACCAUACUCAAGUACCAACAGUCACAACUGACAGCUCCUCCAUCCCGUGGACUUGGCACUCCUGCUGCUGGAACCAGUACGGCUUUGCCUCCAGGAUUGACCACCAUGGAUAGAUACGCAGGGGAGGAAGAUGGACGAAGACCACCGAUGGAUUCAUCAAGAAGGAGAAUGUCAGGAGCUCUUGACAACUCUGGCAACUUGUCAACUUCUAUUAGAGGCCCUAUGAUGCAUAGCUCGUCAGUGUUCGCGCAAUCCGCAGGAUCAUCAAGGAGAUUAACAUCGGAGGAGCAACAUAGAUCACGUACGAGCGGUGGAUUAAAAAACACGUCGGAAGGAAAGAGGUCUGCUUCCACCAGAAAACAUUACGACUCUGCGAUCAAAGGCAUCGAGACUCUUCAAGUCUCCAGCGAUAGAUCUGAAGGCUCUUCCUCCAAGGAUCUGAUUCUACGAAGAGUCUCCCUCUUCAACCAAAACCAGAAGGAAAUGGCAGACAACAAUCCACCACCUGAAGAGAACCAAAUCACCGCCACAAAUGACGACAACACGUCACUCGAAACCAUAGUCCGACGCUUCCAAGACUCAAUGUCAUCACCAGACUCAAAAACCCACAAGUUCUGGGAAACCCAACCCGUUGGCCAAUUCAAAGACAUCGGCGACACCACCUUACCCGAAGGCCCCAUCGAGCCCGCCACGCCCUUAUCCGAAGUCAAACAAGAGCCCUACAACCUCCCUUCCGUCUACGAAUGGACCACCUGCGACAUGAGCACUGACGACAUGUGUUCCGAGGUGUACAACCUUCUCAAGAACAACUACGUUGAAGAUGACGAAAACAUGUUCAGGUUCAAUUACUCCAAGGAGUUUCUGAGGUGGGCGUUGCGUCCCCCUGGCUACUACCAGAGCUGGCAUAUUGGUGUCAGGGCAAAGACUUCCAAGAAGCUUGUGGCUUUCAUCAGCGGGGUGCCCGCGAGGAUCAGGGUGCGCGAUGAGGUUGUUAAGAUGGCUGAGAUUAAUUUCUUGUGUGUUCAUAAGAAGCUUAGGUCCAAGAGGCUUGCUCCUGUGAUGAUCAAGGAGGUUACUAGGAGGGUUCAUUUGGAGAAUAUUUGGCAGGCUGCUUACACUGCAGGCGUUGUGUUGCCUACACCGAUCACUACUUGUCAGUACUGGCACAGGUCGUUGAACCCGAAGAAGCUGAUCGAUGUCGGGUUUUCGAGGCUUGGUGCGAGGAUGACGAUGAGCAGAACCAUCAAGCUUUACAAGCUACCUGAAGCGCCGGUCACUCCUGGGUUCAGGAAAAUGGAACUGCUUGAUGUCCCUGCGGUUACAAGGUUGCUGAGGAACUACCUUGGCCAGUUUGGAGUGGCGACUGACUUCGAUGAGAACGAUGUUGAGCAUUGGUUACUCCCGAGGGAAGAUGUUGUGGACAGUUACUUGGUUGAAAGCCCUGAGACUCAUGAUGUUACUGAUUUUUGCAGCUUCUACACGCUUCCGUCGACUAUCCUUGGUAACCCGAACUACACGACGCUGAAAGCUGCUUAUUCUUACUACAAUGUGGCCACUCAGACGUCGUUUCUUCAGCUGAUGAAUGAUGCGCUGAUCGUCUCGAAGCAGAAGGGGUUUGAUGUGUUCAACGCGCUGGAUGUGAUGCACAAUGAGAGCUUCUUGAAAGAGUUGAAGUUUGGUCCGGGAGAUGGUCAGCUUCACUACUAUCUCUAUAAUUACCGUUUGAAAAGUGCAUUGAAGCCAUCGGAACUUGGGCUUGUUCUCUUAUAA